AUAUAGAGAAGAUUACGUAGUAUAAUAUAUUAUAUUCGUAGACCAUACAUGCAAGACGUGAUACAACUAGAUUCUACAUGUUUAUGAUUCAAAUUGCAAGCAGCAAAUUUUACUUAUUUUUACACUACAAGUCCGUUUUAAGUGAUAGUUUUAAUGUGAACCGAAAAAUCGAAAAAAUAAUUUUUGGUUGAUACUUGAUGAUUAUGAAUCUGUGAUCUGUAAAGUAUUAAAUAAAUACAUUAUUCUGUUAAAAUCAUUUCUACUCAGAAGAUAAUCAAGUGUAUUAGAAAUAACAUCGUGCCUAGAUAAUACUCUAGACAUAAUGAACAAUGAUGAAGAAAUAAGUCUAUUAUCUGCUGAAAUAGCACUAUUAAAUGUUGAAUUGAAUAAAAAAUAUGCAUUGUUGAAAAAAAAACAGAAGCAAUGCUUGACUAAACUCGACAUAAACCGUUAUAGCAGACAGAUAAUUUUACCAGAAAUUGGUGUUGAAGGGCAAAAAAAAUUAAAAACUGCAAGCGUUCUUAUAAUUGGUGUUGGAGGCCUAGGAUGUCCAUCAUCAAUGUAUUUAGCAAGUGCCGGAGUGGGUACAAUUGGAUUAGUUGACUAUGAUGAAGUGGAACUUAGUAAUUUGCAUAGACAGUUGUUGCAUGCACAGUGUAAUGUUGGUAUGCGAAAAGUUGAGUCCGGCAAAUUAUCAUUAAAUCGUAUGAAUGAGGAUGUGAAUAUUGUUGUCCACGACGUUCAAUUGGAUGGUCAUAAUUCAUUGGACAUUUUUAAACAGUAUGAUGUAAUUAUAGACGCUAGUGAUAAUUUGGUUACUCGAUAUAUAAUUAAUGAUACUUGUGUAAAAGCUGGAAAGCCUUUAGUCUCGGGAUCAGCGAUACAUUGUGAUGGGCAACUGACCGUUUAUAACUACAAAGGAUCUGUAUGCUUUAGAUGUUUGCAUCCAAAACCACAAUCCCCUGAAACUGUAGGAAAUUGUGCUUCAGUAGGUGUUUUGGGUCCAGUUCCCGGGGUUAUUGGUGUUCUACAAGCAAUGGAAACUAUCAAAAUUAUUGUUGAUCACCCAAAUGUAUUACAUAACAGUUUAUUGUUAUAUGAUGGAGUUGAUUGUGAGUUUAAAAAAAUUAAAUUAACAAAUGUAAAACGAAAUGGAUGUAUAUGUACAAAAAAUCCAGAAGAUAUAACAAUAACCAUGGACUAUGAAGAAUUUUGUGGAUCAAAAGCAAAUGAUAAAUUCAAAACACUUAAUUUGCUGAAAGAAAAUGAACGUAUAACAGUUUUAGAUUUAAACGAAUUAAUAUCUAAAAAAAAUCCAUUUUUGAUGAUAGAUGUGCGUAAAAAAGUCGAAUAUGACAUGUGCCAUUUACCGUUUUCUAUUAAUAUUCAGCUAAGUGAUUUAAAAAGUAAAGAUACUCGAUCUAAAUUGAUUGAAAAAAUUAAUUCAUUUAGUAAUAUGACACCAAAUUUGAUUACUAUUUGUCGUCGAGGCAAUGACUCUCAAAGAGCUGUAGAUGAGUUAAAGAAAUACACUGAGAUAACAGACAAUGUUAAAUGGAUAAAAGAUGUCAUAGGAGGAUUACAUGAAUGGAGUAUGCAAGUGGACGAAAACUUUCCAAUAUAUUAAAAAAAAUAUAUUGUUGAUAAACUAUAUAAUGUAACUACUAUAACGUUGUAAUCGUAUGACAAUUAUUUUGAUAAUAAAAAGGUCUCUGAACUUCAGACAUGAACUAAA